GCUGUUUCCGUGCGGACUUCUUUGUCAUCUAUCCUGCGCGAAGCCUUUCACUCAGAGGUUGCACCCUCUACUCGUCGUCUUUCUGAACGUCGAAGUUUCUAUCCGAUAACGCCUCUUGCCUAUCGCAAACCCGGCGCUCAACGAAAUUUCAGCUCCACUCAUCAAAUCCAGAUACACCAGUCUCGCGCCCUGCUAUCCUCUGAUCAUACCCCUGAAAAUGUACCAGAUGCAACACAACCAAUCCAGACGAAGUCACUGGCGAAGAACGACCGUGGCGAAAAGCCUACGGACAAUGUCACACCCGACGGGAACACAUCAGGAUCCUUCCCCAGAAGGCAACGAGCCGCUCCCAAACGACGGAUGGAUAAAGGCGAUUCUCGUCGAGGGAGCGCUAAGACUUCUCGCAGCAAGACCGAUACACGCGGCGACGGACUAGAAUCAAAUCCUUCGGAAGAGAAGCCCAAGGCAACGAGAAAGACUUGGAGGGAAUCCUUCAAAGAUAAGGCCUCGCCAAAGAAGAAAGAGGACUGGCAAGUUCAGAAGGAUGCUCUGAAAAACAAGUUUAAGGAAGGUUGGAAUCCUCCGAAAAAGCUUUCUCCCGACGCGAUGGAAGGUAUUCGACACUUGCAUCAGAUGGCACCAGAUCGAUUCACCACGCCGGUUCUCGCUGAGCAGUUCAAAGUCUCACCAGAGGCCAUUAGACGAAUCUUGAAAAGCAAAUGGCGGGCAUCCGACAAAGAAAUGGAGGAUCGGCGCAAGAGAUGGGAGAGACGACACGAUCGCAUUUGGGCUCACAUGGCCGAGCUUGGCCUGCGUCCCAGUAAGAAGGAAACGCAGAAAUAUCAAGACUCGCAUGUUCUG